GCCUCCUCACCAACCCCAAAUCUAGCCGAUUCUUAACAUUGAACAGAGUCACUCUUCCUAGACAGCCCUGCCCUUAUACCUUCUCGAGGUUCUAUCUUCCACUUGGCUCAUCCACACCCGCAUUCAUGUUAUAACCACGUGGAACCCCUCUCGGCAGCUUCGAAAGUCUGUUGAGGUUGUCCUUCCUUCCUCCCUCCCCCACCUUCUCGAUACCCCAACAUCACCAUGAUGUUCCUGAGACCUCCUCCCGUUCGACGGAGCCUUUUGUCGUCUCCGCUCGGCUCAGCAAGAUGGCGCCAGUCCGUUGCUAGGCAUACCUCUCUUCAAUCCCUCCACAUGUCAAGCCCCAAACUCCUGAUUGCCCUUGCGGAGGCACUACCCAGGAGAAGGAAGAUGCUCCAAGAUGUCCCCGGUCCUGCUUUUCGAAGACCUCUAGCCACAGCUAUAGGCGAUCCCACGCGACAAGGCGAUAUCGCGUUUGCCCAUCUCCAGCCGCCGAUCCCCGCCGAUUACCCGCACCCUUCGUCGUCACAUCUGCGGCCGUACGACCUACGUGCCUUCGACCCUUCCUCACCAUUACUCAUCAAGAUCGCAGAUAACCCUACCCCCCGCGCGAGGACGUCCCCGCACGGCGUACCGGGUGGCAUUGAGGAAAUGCUCUCACUUUUCGACGCUUACAUACAGGUAGGCAAGCCGGAAAGGGCCGCCCUCGUCCUAGAGAGGUUCAGCGAGUUCGGGCUUCACCCAGGCUACGACCUGACUUCGCUUCAUAAUCGAUACCUGCGCGCGUCUAUCGAUAGGGCGUUCGAACAGCCUAACUCCAAAUGGGCUCGGUCCCUUCAUCGAUGGUAUGAGCUGCACAUCCGAGGCAAAAGGAUUCCUCAGACAUCCGAAACUAUUGCCUGCAUGCUGAAGGUGUCUCUUCUAUCUGCUCGAGGGCCGCAACUGUCACGGCUUGUGGAUCGGUACAUGGGUAUGAUGCCUGAGGAUGGCAUAUAUCAGGUACUAUCAGAGGUGGAAAUCUUGUCUCAACAAGACUUUGGUACUAUCACAAGUAUAUACAAGCCCGCGUCUGAUAUUUUAGGAGGUCUGGGGUUCGAAUCUCUCCAGGAGCCCCACCAAGGUGGUUCAGACCACGCAUCAGCCGAACGGCCGGGAUCAGAUACCGUCCCCGAGGUCAGGCCUGUUCCACAAAAGGGACUCGGCCUUAAGUCGUUACGCGGAGUCCUAUCUUUUUUCACGAAAAUCGAGGGUCAGGAUAUAUCUAAGCUCUCACUUGCCGAGCGCCGAGAAAUCCAGUCUCGGCUAGAGGAGGACUCCGUCGAGGCCGCCAUCAACCGAUGGAAGGAAGAAAACAAAGCCCUUGCGAAAAUAGGACUGUCCACAGUAUUGUCUCAGCCCGCAUUGAACGCGCAAUUGUACGAAUGGCAUUGUGCCCUAGAACAGAGGAUGGAGGAAGAGCUGGUGCUCGUGGAGGAGUCGGAGGCGCGCGACCGAAAACGCGCGGAUGAUCAGGACCGUUGCAUAUAUGGGCCGUUCUUGAAGCAAUCGACCCCGCCGAGACUUGCUGCGGUUACGAUCAUGGGUGUCCUAAACGGCAUUACGACUAGUGGUUCCAGCAGUGGCGCCCCAUUAUCCACACUACUUAAUUCGAUAGCUAAGAUGGUGGAGGAUGAUAUAAAGCAUCAAAAAGUCCAAAAAAAACAAGACGAGUUCAAGGCGAACCUACGGGAGAGGAAAAAGGCCUAUAAACUGGCUAAGUCUUCUGCGACUGCCCCGACUACUACAGAGACUCCGACUGCCCCGACAGAGACUCCGACUGCAUCCAAUAUUGUGAAGGGUCCUGUUUUCGAAACUAGGACCUGGCCGGUGCUGAUUAGAACCAAGGUUGGUGCUGCUUUGCUGGCCGCUCUGAUAGAUGUUGCGAAGGUGAACAUAGUCCGCGAGGACCCGGAAAAGAAAAUCCUCGUCAGCCAAAUACAACCGGCCCUGACUCACACCACGGUUUUUCGAAAGGGGAAGAAGGUUGGCGUGCUCAUACCGAACAAAUUCCUCCUCGAUCUCAUGAAACGGGAACCGCGCGGCGAAUUCCUUGCGAGACACCUGCCGAUGCUUGUCGAACCAGAACCUUGGACCAAAUUCGACAAAGGGGGCUUCAUUCAGUACCCGUCGCAUCUAGUGCGAGUUAAAAAUGGCGAGAAGGAUCAGAGAGUCUAUGCUGAAGCCGCCCUCGAGAGAGGAGAUAUGGAGCAAGUCACCAAAGGCCUUGAUGUCCUGGGUCGAACGGGAUGGCGGGUCAACAAUCUCGUUCUCAAUGUGAUGCUCGAAGCAUGGAACACCGGCGAGGGAAUAGCGAAUAUUCCCCCGCUGAAUCCCAAUAUCCCGAUUCCUCCAGAGCCUACGUCAAACGAUAAUCCUAUCGAGCGGCGGACAUGGAUUAAAGCUGUGAAAGUUGUGGAGAACACCAAGAGCGGCCUGCACUCGGAGCGUUGUUUCAUGAAUUUUCAGCUUGAGAUUGCUCGGGCUUUCAAGGACCAGACUUUCUACUUCCCGCACAACAUGGACUUCCGAGGACGCGCCUACCCAAUCCCAGCCUAUCUCAACCAUAUGGGUGCCGAUCAUGUUCGAGGGUUACUCUGUUUCGCUAAGGGCAAGGAACUCGGCAAACGAGGGUUGCGGUGGCUCAAGAUCCACCUGGCAAAUGUGUUCGGCUACGAUAAAGCCAGUUUGACGGAACGGGAGUCAUUUGCUACAGAGCACCUCGAUGAUAUCCAGGAUACCGUCACCAAUCCUCUCACAGGGAAACGAUGGUGGCUUGAGGCCGAAGAUCCGUGGCAAUGUCUGGCUACCUGCUUCGAAUUGAAAGCAGCCCUAGACUCGGGCGAUCCCACCAAAUUCGUAUCUCACCUCGCUAUUCACCAAGAUGGAACGUGCAAUGGAUUACAGCAUUAUGCCGCCCUCGGUGGCGAUACGUGGGGCGCCCAACAAGUGAAUUUGGAGCCUGGAGACCGACCCGCGGAUGUUUAUUCCGCAGUGGCAGAGAUGGUCAAGGAGAGUAUCGCGAAGGAUUUGGAGGUCGGUAACGACCUCGCAAAAGCGGUGGAGGGAAAAAUAACAAGGAAGGUUGUGAAGCAGACCGUCAUGACGAACGUCUAUGGUGUUACUUUCAUUGGAGCCAAGGCUCAAGUGUUGAGGCAACUUGAUGCAGCCCACCCCAAGCUGAAGGAGGAGACAGGUGUAUCCACGAUCUUGCUUGCGUCUUAUAUUGCCACAAAGAUUUUCGAGGCCUUGUCGACUAUGUUCCGCGGAGCUCACGACAUUCAGUACUGGCUUGGAGAGUGUGCCGCACGCGUCUGCCGUUCUAUUACCGCAGAACAGAUCGAUCGGAUUGCGAAUGGAGAAGUACCCGUCAAGAAAAAGAAGACGGGAACGGCAAAAUCGGCAAAAUCGGCAAGAUCGGGGCUCGACGAACUCCUUGUCCAUCUACGGUCGACAAUUGUCUGGACUACACCCCUCCGCAUGCCCGUGGUUCAGCCAUACCGCAAGAGCGGGGUCCGGGUUAUCACUACCAGCCUUCAGGAUCUCACUCUACAAAUUCCUGACCGCUCCGAUCCCGUCCACCGGCGCAAACAGCUCCAAGCAUUCCCCCCAAACUUCAUUCAUUCUUUAGACGCCAGCCACAUGUUACUCUCCGCAUUGGAGUGUGGUGAAGUCGGCCUCACAUUUGCAGCGGUUCACGACUCUUUCUGGACGCAUGCUGCCGACGUUGACGUUAUGAACCGCGUCCUCCGCGACUGUUUCAUCAGAAUACAUAGUGAAGACGUCAUCGGGCGUCUCGCUUCCGAGUUCAGAGCGAGGCACAAAGACUCCCUCUAUCUAGCUACGAUCGCCCGGAACUCUAAGGUUGGGCGGGCGAUAGCCGCACUCCGCAGACGGACGAAAAUAUCGAUCAAGGAUGAGCUAGUUUUAGAGCUCGAGAGACAGCGGUUGUUAAGGUCGUCGGACCCCGAGGAGGUUGAGAAAGGCAAAGCGAUGGAGACUCCCGCCAGAAUCUUCGAUGAGUUAUCGGCGGCACAGCCCCUAUCAAGCGGCCACGAUAUGGAGGAAUUAGGGCUGGGAAACAUCCCUAAGGGAAGUACAGCAUCUGAAUCAGAGCCAAGCAACGUGGAAGACGGGUCCACCACUCUGGAUUCCGACGACGUCGACGUGGGUUCUCGAUCUGGAAAUGCGGAAUACUACAAGGCCCUGAGGUCUACCACCCCUUUUGAGUCACAGCUUUCCGGCACCGACCCGGCAAAAGCGAAGCCGAAACCCUCAACAACGAAAAGCAGCAUAUGGCUCCCACUAGUCAUCCCUGAUAUUCCUCAAAAGGGCGAAUUUGAUGUGAGACGUCUGAAAGAUAGCCAGUACUUCUUCUCCUGAGAUGGUUAUGAUGAGGUGGCCCGAGGAAUCAUACGCCUACAAUAGUUUCAUAGUUAGCGGUGUUGGGGACAUAUAUACUGCAUUAGAUGUGAAUGCAUUCAUCCGGCGCUUGAUGAUAAGAUGCGCUGAGGUGCGCGGUAGGGGAAGGAAAAGCUCGGAGUUGCACUGUGUUCGCAAGAACUUUGUAUAUUUUGUAUAGUACAUAACACUUGGAUGAGGCCAAAGACGGGAUGAGAGCCAACCGGACCACAGUCGGACGCAUGCGAAAAACGAACCGUCCACUCCUCCCACUGUAUGCAGACUUGGCAGAUGCUAGCUACAUAGAAGGAGAAACCAAGAACCU